AUGGAGUCGACUGGAAUCCGAACCGCUAUUCAUUACUCCACCGUGUCUCCCGCUAUCCAUUACUCCACUGUGCCCCCGCUAUCAAUUACUCCACCGUGCCCCCCACUAUCCAUCACUCCACCGUGCCCCCCUGCUAUCCAUUACUCCACUGCGCCCCAUAUCCAUCACUCCACCGUGCCUACCGCUAUCCAUCACUCCACCGUGCCCCCCCGCUAUCCAUUACUCCACCGUGCCCCUCCCCCCGCUAUCCAUUACUCCAUCGUGCCCCCGCUAUCCAUUACUCCAUCAUGCCCCUGCACUAUCCAUUACUCCACUGUGCCCCCCGCUAUCCAUUACUCCACUGUUCCCCCGCUAUCCAUUACUCCACCGUGCCCCCGCUAUCCAUUACUCCAUCAUGACCCCCCCCGCCAUCCAUUACUCCCUCAUGACCCCCGAUAUCCAUUACUCCACCGUGCCCCCCCGCUAUCCAUUACUCCAUCAUGCCCCGCACUAUCCAUUACUCCACUGUGCCCCCCGCUAUCCAUUACUCCACUGUUCCCCCUGCUAUCCAUUACUCCACCGUGCCCCCGCUAUCCAUUACUCCAUCAUGACCCCCCGCUAUCCAUUACUCCCCUCAUGACCCCCGAUAUCCAUUACUCCACCGUGCCCCCCUGCUAUCCAUUACUCCAUCAUGCCCCGCACUAUCCAUUACUCCACUGUGCCCCCCGCUAUCCAUUACUCCACUGUUCCCCAUAUCCAUUACUCCACCGUGCCCCCAUAUCCAUUACUCCAUCAUGA